UCCAAUUGGGAUACCCUGACCUCAGCUCUAAGAUAUUUGAAGUGUACGUCCCACUUCAAAUACCUAAGAGCUGGGAUCCGGGUAUUCCAAGUGGACGACGGCAAAUCAUAGCUGCCUGCAAACACUUGGUGACAGUACGGGACCUCAAAAGCAAUUGGGAGAUAUGCCCUAUGUCCGCCCAGGUCCAAUCACAGACAUCGGAGCAAGUGGAUUUUCCACUAUAUGCAGCUUUAAGACGGGAAAAAAAAAAAAUCAUCUUUGCGAUGGAAUGGGCCACUCAUGUGAAAAUGUAACCAUGUCAUCCUCUCCUCAUACAAAACACAUGGUGUAAAUAUCAAAAGAAUCGUAGCAAGUGAAUUCUCUGUCCGCGUUGUUCUCGCUCGAUAAUUGGUUGUACACUCUGAUUGGCUGGCCUGUUGAAGUAUUCCUGUAACAGUAGUUUAGCAGACACCCUGCAUGCAGCUGACCUGCACUGUGAUUGGUCGAGGCUCUUAGAACAUGAGGGCUGAAGCCCCUUUAAAAACCCGGAGGAGCAAGCCAAGGACAGGGACUGGCAAAAGAAAGAGACGAAAAAUGCAUUGCUGUCCCUUAUGCCAACGCUAUUUCAGCGCCCUGAAUAAGCAUAUGAAAAAUAUGCACCUGAUCCGGAAUUCGGUAGAGAGGCGGCUACUGCUCAACAUGGCAUCCGGCAGGGUAAACAUCCGCGCUGCACCCUGCCCUGUUCCAGGGUGCCAGUACCAGCUCUCCAGGUUAGACAGGCACAUACACCAGUCACACACCGAGCUCAGCAUUGCCGAAAGGGCGGCAAAGAUGAAUCAGGCCAGGAGAAUCCGCACCAUGGAACUUUUGGCCGAGCUCAGGGCUACGGAUCCGACCCCGGCGAUGGAGUCCACGUUGGACCUUUACCCAGGUGUGCCAGAGGAGGACAUUGAUGUCACUCCACCUUCCCCCGUGGCUGAAUGCGGUUCGUCCGAGUGCCGGUGCAUUCGCCAUGAGUAUGAGUGGGAGCUGGAAAGAGUCAAGGCCGAGAGGGACGAGUUCUGCCGCGAGGUCCGACUUCUCCGCAGGAAGCUGCAAAAGCAGCAGCUGGAACGUGUGACGGAGGGAGGCCGGUCCUCUGCCGCGUCGGAGGAGGUGGGCCCGUCCUCGGCCGCGUCGGAGGAGGCGGGCCCGUCCUCGGCCGCGUCGGAGGAGGCGGGCCCGUCCUCCUUCCGGCAGCGGCAGGGGGAACCUCAUGAGGCAGACAAGCCUCCCGCCGUCGAUGGAGGAAUACCUGCAGACGUACAGGGCGAGGGCCUAGACCCGACACCAAAAAUGUCGGAAAAUGCCAUCUCCAAGGUCAGCAGGGUGAAGACGUUUAUCAUGUACAUGGCCAACAACCGGAGCCGGUUGUCCGACUGGCUGUUUUUGGACAACAUGUCCAGGAUCCGUGGCUUGGCCCGAAGUGUGGUGGAGGGCGGGAUGAAAAUAACAACGGCCAAGUUCUAUUUGCAGAACACGCUGCACUUUAUCAAAUUUAUGACCGGGAUCCCGCCCAAGACCUGCCGCCUCACUCGGGUGCAGUUCACCUCCGUCGAGAGGGAACUGAAGAUGGGGGUGAGGUCGCUGCAGCGCAGGGUGGUUGUCCACCAAAUGUCCACAAAGAGGCUCAAAAUAAGCAAGCUGCCGUCCCGCCAGGCCCUGAGGGGUUGCCUCUCUGCUGCUGCCGCCGCCAUCCCACAGCUGCUGGGCAAACUCGAGGCGGAGUUCGAUAACACCAGCCGUUUCCUCUGCUACGGCUACCAGUGCGCCUACUGGAGCUGCCUGUUCGGGCACAGGCCGGGGGUCUAUGCAAACAUGACGGACAACGAGGUGGAGGAGGCAAAGACCCUCGGCCAGGAUCGGGGCUGCCUGCUCCACAUCAAGGAACACAAGACGAACAGGACAUUUGGGGAGGCCCAGAUGUUCCUGAACCCCGCAGAGUUCGCCUGGCUGGAGAGAUGGAUGGCCAUAAAAAGAAGCCUCCCCGAUGCCAACAAAUUUGUGCUGUACACUAAGGGCAAGGGGCCGUCAAAAAAUCUAAACGCCAACCUGCAGUCGGCCUGGAAGGACAUGGGGUUAGCGGGGGUGAUCAAUUUCACCCUCAUAAGGACGGCCGUGGCAACUUAUGCAAAAAAGUCCCAAGAUCCUAAAAGCAGGAAAAAAGUCGCCGACUUUAUGUGUCACGACACCAGGAUGGCAGACAAGUUUUACGUGGCCAACCCUGACCACUGUGAGGCAGAGGAGGUCAGGGCCCUGGUCAGUGAGAGCCUCCUCGUCGGAGGGGGAGGAGAUGACGAGAUGCUGCAGCAGCAGCAGCAGCAGCAGGAGGAGGAGGAGAUGGAAGUCGGGGGCGGCGGCGGUGGCGAGGGCGGCAGCGGCAGCAGCAGCAGCGGCGAAGAGGACGAGGCGGCCCCCUCAUCUUCGUCAGCCAACCCACCGCCACAGGAGGUCGAGGAGGAGGGAACACCCAUCCAGUCUAUCCCAGAAAAGAAGACAACCAAGGAGCAGAGUAAGCAAAGGAUGAGGGUGAGGAGGCUCCGAUUCCCCCCCAAAAAAUUCAACUAAUUCUUUUCAUAUUAUGUGUUAAAUUUCUUAUUAUAUUGUGUUUUAUAGCUUUUAUUGUGUGGUGUUUUGAUUGUUUUAACGUGUGCUGUGUUUUUAGCUCUUAGAGAUUGAUUUGUGUGGUGUUUUGAUUGUUUUAACGUGUGUGCUGUGUUUUUAGCUCUUAGAGAUUGAUUUGUGUGGUGUUUUGAUUGUUUUAACGUGUGCUGUGUUUAGCUCUUAGAGAUUAUUUUGUGUGGUGUUUUGAUUGUUUUAACGUGUGCUGUGUUUUUAGCUCUUAGAGAUUGUUUUGUGUGGUGUUUUGAUUAAUCUGAUGUUUUUGGUGAAAUAAAUGGU